UAUAUAUAUAUAUAUAUUAUAUAUGUAUUAAGACAAAGAGGCAGAGGAAGAACAGAGAGAGGCCAUUUGACAAUGGAUUCGACCGUGAUAACCAUUCCGGUUUCUGAACCACCAGUUGUUGGUCCUCCUACUAAAGAGAAAAAGAAAUUCAAACUUCCUAAAAUAUUUAAUACCAUUAUUUGCUUCAUCAAAGAUAAAAUCAGAAACAAGCAGGACAUGAGAAAGCUGAUUCAUAGCAUCAAGGUUGGAGUUUCUCUGGUUCUGGUUUCCUUUCUCUAUCUCCUUAAUCCUCUUUAUGAGCGAGUUGGAGAUAAUGCCAUGUGGGCAAUAAUGACUGUUGUGGUCGUCUUCGAGUUCUUCGCAGGAGCUACAGUUAGGAAAGGCUUAAACCGUGGAAUGGGAACCAUUUUAGGAGGAAGUUUAGGCUGUUUAGCAGCAGCUUUAGCUCAAAAAGUUGGUGGAAUCGGCGACUCCAUAAUCGUCUCCAUUUCUGUAUUUAUCUUUGGUGUUGCUGCAACAUACUUUCGAAUGAUUCCGAGCAUCAAGAAGAAAUACGAUUAUGGAGCAAUGAUAUUCCUCCUGACCUUCAAUCUGGUAGUGGUUUCUGGUAUACGUGCUGAGAAAGUUUUAGAAUUAGCCCGUGAACGCCUCUUGACCAUAGGUAUGGGUUUUGCCGUAUGCGUUUUCAUAAGCUUGUUGGUCUUCCCCACAUGGGCUAGCGAUGAACUUCACGACUCUAUAGCUUCCAACUUCCUACACCUUGCAACCUCCAUUGAAGGAUGCUUGGAUGAAUACUUCAAAGCAGUCGAAGAGAAAGAAAACCAACCCACUUCAAGUAUUAGCAAUUGCAAAUCGGUGUUGAAUUCCAAGUCCCAGGACGAAUCACUGGCAAAUUUUGCAAACUGGGAACCUUGGCAUGGCAAAUUUGGGCUUUACCAUCCAUGGGAUAAGUAUCUAAAAAUAGGAGAUCUUCUCAGAGAGCUAUCUGCUGCAAUUCUUUCCCUCAAAGACUGUCUGCGGUCUCCUAAGCAGCCUUCAUCAACUAUGAGACAGUCAAUUAGACAGCCAUGUGAAGCAGUUGGGGUUUCACUUGCAUGGACGCUAAAAGAGCUUGGAGAGAAUAUCAAGGAAAUGAAAAGAGUUCAGCAAGCGGAUAUGAUAGCACCAAAGUUGAAGUCAAUGAGUUUGGAGUUAAGCUCUGUGAUUUCUUCAUCAAAGCUAGAACAGCUUGAGAAUGUUGAUGGACUGGCCAUUGCUAGUUUUAUUUUCAUGCUGAUGGAGAUGGUGGAAAAGGUUGAAAAACUGGUAAAAGAGGUUGAAGAAUUUGGUGACCUUGCUGGUUUCAAGGAUCAAUAGGCCUAUGUAUGCCUUUUUAAUUUUCUUAACUAUGAGCAUGGUAUAUGGUGUACAUAACCAUUUGAGCCACUUUUUGGCUGCAAAAAUAUACCACUACUAAAAAUGCAUUUAAAAAAAAAAAAAAAAAAAAAAAAAGAGACAAAAAUGGCAGGGGGGUUUGAGGAUAUGCAUGUUGUUGGGAGGCUGGAAGUAAUCUUGAAACUUAUAGAGUCACUAGAUAUGUAUCCUUUAGCAAAUUAUGAAUCCACAUCAAAACCAUUUAUACUUGGAAAAUCCUGAUGGAGUUGUAGCUUUUUGCAACUAUUGCCACAAUAUAUUAGCCUUUUGGUACUUUUUUCC